AUGGAUAUAGUAAAACAACGAGCAGGCCAAGAGCCCUGGCAUGAGCGGAAAACCCUGUCGUUCGAAGACAACAAACCAGCACCGGCGCGCUCACGAAGGCCUCCCCCUCCUCCUCCACCUCCACCACCGGGCCAGGCAUCCCGAGGCAUACAGAGAUCCCCUCAGAGCUCUUCCGAACCAGUAAUAAAUUCGAUAUUGUCGCCUUCCAGCUCAGAUAAAGCAGGGAUGCAAGUAAAGGGGGAGCCCAUGACUACCAAAAGUCAGUCCAGCGAGGAAGAUUCCUCUGACGACGAUUUCGAUGAAGAUAGCGACGGAUCCGCGUGUAUGCCAGUAUCAGAUGAAGAGAAUUCUCCUCGAGCUCAUGUGUAUCGUCGUCCUCGUGACGUAUAUCAUAGUCGCGCUAUAGACGAGCAUAGGGUCCGCUGGGAUAGUCUUGGGUAUCUGCCAAAGUCAAAGAAGGCGGAUCUUCGUGAUAUUGAUGAUCUCACCUUUGAACGAUUCGGAUACAGAUUUAACCCUAAUCCAGUCACCUCUGCAGAUUUCUCCUUGUAUACUCCGAGCUUGAGCCAGGGCUUGCAUAGUCUCAACAUCGGUAAUGCAGAGAGCUCCAGGUACGAACAACGUGGACUGUCAUCUACUAGUGGGAAUCAAACUACUCGCGAGGUCCCUUCAAAUUAUGACGCAGAAGGACCAAGAAGUGCAAACUCUGUGCCGCUAUCUACUGAUGCGGAACAGCAAACUCGAGUUACUCCCACAAGCCUCGGCUGGUCUCCUGAUUCCUAUCUAGUAAACCUGUACAAGCUGGUUAUGGUUUGGAAUGUGGACCCUUAUCUCGAGUUGUUAAACGAGGCCAAUGUCAGCAAAGACACUCCCCUUAAGGUCUUCUUAGAUAAGUCAGAAGACGGGAAAGAUUAUUCCUGCCCCUGGCCAGUCUAUUGCAGACGCCAAGACGAACCUUUCACAAGACGAGCUGAUCUAGAGCGACAUCUCAAAAACAUUCAUGGCCCGGAAGAAAUGAAACGACCAUUCCGUUGUCCUUACGACCCGUGUAUCAACGGCAGACAUCUACCCGGGAAUGCCUUCUCGCGAAAAGACCAUAUGCGUGAUCACCUCCGCGAUUUCCACCAAGAGGAUAUUGGGGCUGCUAGAAGGGAGAGAUUAGCAAGGACGGAUGAAGAGAGAAGAAGAUGGGAGAAGGAGCAGAGGAGGUGGCUUGCAUCUCGCAAGAUUAGUUCGAGGUGGUGGACAUGUGCCAGGUGCCUUGAGAGACGAUAUGUCGAGCGUGAUGGCUGGAAUUGCGCUACUUGCGACAGGGCUUGUGAGAGUGAGAGGGAAGAACGCCGCUUGAGAAUAUCAAACAGAAAGGGAAGCAUAACGGGUGAGCAGGUGGCACAAGCUUCGACAUCGACGACAGUAUUUAAGCCUCGUGAAGAAGCUUGCAUUUCAUGUCACGGCAAAGAGUGGGUGGACAGAGGGUAUGGGGGAUUGGCGCUUUGUCCCACGUGUAAACUCAUACCUCAUGUGGGGAGUACAAGCUUCUGGGUGAAGUCAGAGAGAGCGGAAGACAAUAUGGAGCACUACGGUGGGCCUACUCGCGACAAGUUUUGA